AUGCACCGACAUCCACACACCUCGCUGCUGCUGCUGGUGGUGUGCUGCGCCAGCGUGUGUCUCGCCGCCGAGCCGUAUCAAUGCACGUUCGACGAUGUGGUGAAGAGGGGUGGCCCACAAACGAUUGCUGUGGUGAAGGAGGUGCCGCCCAACGGACAGAACGGAUGGCAGGCGUACACGCUCUCCGCAACGGUGGGGGAGGAGAGUGAGUGGAAGCCGAUCCGCAUCCUUGUGUCCACAGAGGAUCUGAAGGAUCCGACCAAGUACUGCAACGAGACGACACCGGAGGAGAAAAAACCAGCAACAAAGUCGGCAAAAUCCAAAACGGCGGUUGCACUCACAGCGGAAGGAACUGAAGAAAGAACGGUGGUGAAACGCCCGGACUUUCAGGGCCGCACUGUCACAUGCAAAGAAGCAGAUCUCCUCACCGCUCAACGCAAGGCCGACCUUGCCGACAAGAUCCUCCCCGCGGCAGUUAAACUGCACACAGACCGUCUGCUCGUCAAGCGCUUGGCCAAACCGUUUAUUGUACCCAAGUUCGACGAGAAGAGUAUGUGCAGCAAAUUCAAGGUGCCUGAUGACCACCGUGCGGCAGGCAAGGGUGUUAAUGCUGACAUGGUGCUCUACGUGGCGGCUGGGCCGGGAGCUCCAUUCGCCCUUCCCUGCGCUGUACUGGACUCUCAAGGGAAUGGGCGUCCCGUUGCUGGCGUCAUGAACUUCCCGCCCUCCGGCUUCCGUGACUUGCGUCUCGCCGUCCGAAUCGCUGCGCACGAGAUUGCGCACGCACUUGGAUUCACGAACAGACGGAUGGUGGCCCUUAAUAUGGUCUCCUACUCUGUCGCACGCGGCCGUAAUCGCCCCAUGGUGAAGUCCAAGAUGACACUCGAAAAGACUAAGACGCACUUCGGCUGCAAUACAGCAGGGGGCAUGGAACUCCAGGAAUGGAUCGAUGGGAGUGUGACGUCGCACUGGUCGAGGCGCAACGCGAAGGACGAGCUGAUGAGUGCCCAGAUCGGCAGCCGCGGCGGGUACUACACGGCGCUGACGCUGGCGGCUUUCGAAGACAUGCCGUACUACAGCGUGAAUUGGAGCAUGGCGGAGCCGAUGGCAUGGGGCAAAGAUGUUGGAUGCGGCUUUCUGUCCAAGGCGUGUGCAGUAGAGGGCCUUACUAAACACCCCCGGAUGUUGUGCGAGGGAAAAAAGGAACCGACAGAACUCACGAAUGCCACGCUAACGGAGAUAUCAAACAGGAUACUAAGAAGACAGCCCUCUCCGAAUAAAGGGGUGGACUUCUGUACAUCUGAUCGCCUUGCCGUUGGGCGUUGCUCUGCGUUUACAGGUGAUGUUGGUGAGUUUGGGGACACGUGUCCAACUAUUGCACCGUAUCUGAGCAGCAAGGGUGGCUCUCUUGUUACCAGUACAUGUGGCUUGAAACAGGAAAUGGAUUUGUCUGCAUUACUUGCUGCGCCGCUUCCUGAGAGUAAUUCGUGGUGCCUGGAUACGGUGGCGUCGACUUCAGCUACGGAGGUGAGCGUUACUCCUCCAAUUACCGGUGGUGUGUGUGCAAAUGUGAAAUGCAUCGACGGCAGCAAGGUGCAGGUGCAGCUGGAAGGGAGCGACGGCACUAAGGGGUGA